CGUAUGGGCACUGUUGCUCUGCGAAAAUCGGUGUGAGCGGCUGAGCUGGCCUUGGCAGCAAUACUGAUCGCAAUCCCUGGGACUAAGGAAAAGCAUUGGACAAAGGCCAACCACUACAACAACACUAGAAGCAGCGAAAUUGUGACACACACACACGCAGCCGUGAGACAGCGACACCAAAAACAAGGAAACGGACUGACCCAUCACCUGCUGCAAAAAUGGAGGCGGACGGACUUACAAAUGAACAGACGGAGAGGGUCCUACAAUUUCAGGACUUGACCGGCAUAGAAGACAUGAAUAUAUGUCGCGAUGUGCUCAUCCGACACCAAUGGGAUCUCGAGGUUGCCUUCCAGGAGCAGCUGAACAUACGCGAAGGUCGACCCACAAUGUUCGCCGCCUCCACAGAGGUACGAGCGCCGGCUGUGAUCAAUGAUCGUUUCGUGCAACAGGUUUUCUCCGCGAAUAUGCCCGGUGGUCGGACGGUUAGUCGGGUGCCAAGCGGACCAGUUAACCGCAGCUUUAGGGGCCUACUGGGCUAUGUGAUUAACUAUGUAUUCCAAUACUUUUACUCGACGCUAACUGGCAUUGUCAGUGCAUUUGUGAAUUUCGGUGGAGGAAAUGAGCCACGACUGGUCACGGAUCCCCUGGGCGAUGUCAUGAAAUUCAUCCACGACUACUAUGAGCGAUAUCCGGAGCAUCCCGUCUUCUAUCAGGGCACAUACGCACAGGCCCUGAACGAUGCCAAGCAGGAGUUGCGCUUUCUGAUUGUCUAUCUGCACAAGGAUCCCAGCAAGAACCCCGAUGUGGACACCUUCUGCCGCGAGACGCUUUCCUCGAGAUCGGUCAUCGACUAUAUCAACACACACACGCUAAUCUGGGGCUGUGACGUGUCCUCCCCCGAGGGCUACAGAGUCAUGCAGUCGAUUACGGUCCGGAGUUACCCCUUGAUGGUGGUGAUUAGUCUGAGAGCAAAUCGCAUGAUGAUUGUGGGACGUUUCGAGGGCGACUGCACUGCCGAGGAGCUGCUGCGACGACUCCAAUCGGUGACGGCCGCCAACGAGGUGUGGCUGAGUCAGGCUCGUGCCGAUCGCUUGGAGCGCAACUUCACACAGACCCUACGGCGACAGCAGGACGAGGCGUACGAGCAGAGUUUGCUGGCCGAUGAGGAAAAGGAGCGCAUACGGCAGCGGGAACGGGAUGCGGUGCGUCAAGCGCAAGAGGCUGAGGAGCGUGCCAGGCAGAAUGUCGAGCUGCGCAAGGAGGAAAUCGCCAGGCAGAAGAUCGAGUUGGCCACCCUAGUACCCGCCGAGCCGCCCGCCGAUGCUGCGGGCGUCAUUGCAGUGGUCUUUAAAAUGCCCAGCGGAAAGCGACUCGAGCGGCGGUUCCAUCAGACCAAUUCGCUUUUGGAUGUCUACCACUUUCUGUUCUGUCAUCCUGAAUCGCCGGAUGAGUUCGAAAUCACAACGAAUUUCCCCAAACGUGUGCUCUAUACGAAGGCAGAAAUUGAUGGCGCUGAGGGCGCUGCAAAUGAGACUCUCAACAAAACGCUACAGGAUGUGGGCCUAAAGAAUCGCGAGGUGCUCUUUGUAAAUGAUCUGGAGGCGUAACCAAGCAUCGCACCACUACCAAAUGAUAGAAACGUGUUACCAGCUGCAACGCAUUACCAAAACUUGAGCCAAGUUUUAAGUAGUCCGUAGUUCAACGUCCAAGUUGAAGGAUAAACCGAAUGCAAACAAAACCUAUUCCUAAUUUUAACAUGAAGCAUAUUAAUAUAAAUAAUUGUUUAACAAUGUU